AUGCCGCAAGCCUUCCUGGACUCAUUUGGGGAUAAAGUGGCGGUCAUAAUUGACUGCUUUGAGAUAAAGAUUGAACGUCCGUCUUCCCUGCUCCCAAGAUGUGAGACUUGGUCCCAAUACAAGAGUAGCAACACAGGCAAAUACCUCGUUGGCAUCUCCCCUCAGGGUCUUAUAGUGUUUAUAUCAGAAGGUUGGGGAGGGCGUACAAGUGACAAGCAUAUAACAGAACGUUGUGGCAUGUUGGACAACCUAAGGGAGGGUGAUGUUGUGCUAGCAGAUAGGGGUUUUGACAUUGCGGACACGUUAGGACUAUACCGUGCUAGCUUGCACAUUCCUGCAUUCACCAAAGGGAAGAAACAGCUCUCAGCAUUAGAAGUUGAAAACACAAGAAAGCUUGCCAAUGUAAGGAUCCACGUGGAACGUGUAAUUGGCCUGGUACGCAACAAGUAUGUAAUUAUGAAAGGUGUACAGCCAGUUGAUUUUGUGACUUGCAAAGCAGGAGAUAGGUUCACAACGCUUGACAAGAUUGUGACUGUCUGUUGCGCCCUUACGAACCUCUGCCAUUCUGUUGUCAGCCCAAAUCCACAGGUAGCUGAGUGA